ACCGUGUUCAUUGCGUCUGCAUUGCGAAUGGAUACUUUUUUUUGAAUAAAUACUCUAAAUUUAAACCAUUUCAGCUGCUCCACGAAUUGAGACGACUAAUUUGAAAAUUGAAGCAAACGCUGGCGAAGAAGCCGUAGUGGAGUGCGAAGCAAUUGGAAUUCCACUGCCAAAAAUAACAUGGUUAAAGAAUGAACAGGUGAUAGAAACACCUGGUGCUCAAGUUGGCUCUAAGAGCAGACUAGUGUUCAAAAAUGUAACGAAUGAGAACUCAGCUUUGUACUCAUGCAUUGCACAGAACUGGGGAGGCAAAGUUUACAAAGAUAUCAACUUAAUCGUUUACGUACCGCCGCAGAUUUAUCCUUACCAAAUGGAAGUGGUAGCGAAACCAGGUGAAAAUGUAAUUUUGUCCUGCAAUGCAAGUGGUAUACCCGAGCCAAUAGUUACGUGGAUGAAAAUGCCCAAUAUCACAAUUCCCGGAAAAAAAUCCAAAUAUCAUAUUCUUGGAACGUCUUUGUUCAUACAGAACGCCGGCAGCGAAGACGAAGGCACUUACCAGUGUACCGCGACAACUUUAGCGGGCUCAGCAACUGCUAUAAGAGAUUUGCGAAUUGAAAAUACUUCUGAUAGUGAAGGCUCGAGCAAGCAAAUAUGGGUACGAUGUGAUGAAGCUGGGAAUCCCAUAGUGGAUUCGUAUGUCCAGGAUCGGGGUGAUGUUGAUGAUGGUGGAAGAUCAACUAAACGCUGUUUGAUCACUCCGCCAGGUGCUCGAACGUCUACUUCUCCGCCUCAAAUAGUCGAAGAGCCAAAAUCUCAAAUUUUACAUCCAGGUGUUGCUACGGAACUUCAUUGCAGAGCAGAAGGUUUUCCUCUACCAGUCAUUCGAUGGCUCAAGGAUGAGGAACCAAUAGACGAUAUACCAAGUGACAAUGGUUCCUCGGUACUCCACAUCAACGUAGAAGAGACGCCGGAUUCUGAUUUGGCUGGUAUCUACACCUGCGUAGCAGAAAAUGAUAACGGAGAAGUUGCAAGAGCAGACGCCGUAUUGAAAUUUGGACAUCGUCAAGAAUCAAGUGCUUUAAGAUAUCGAAACCAUUUUCGAAAAGUAAUAGUUUUUAAUUGCCUUGAACGAGGGGUACCACAAACGGAACAUGUUACAUGGAAGAUUGGUGACGAGACUGUUAGUAGAAACGAUGAAUCUCUUCACUUGAUGAAUAAUGGUUCUCUUGUGAUAUUUGAUGAGGAUGAUUUGCAACCUGAUGAAUUGGAUGCCAUAGAAUGCUACAGACGAGACCGUAAACGGACAAAGCAUUAUUCAAAACAAGUAGUUAUGGAAGACCUUCCACAAGUGGUGAUCCAUAUUCCAAGGUAUUUUGCUCGAGUCGGCGAUAGCAUUAUCAUUAACUGCUAUCUGCAGUCUGAGCCUCUGACUACCAAAGUCGAGUGGACUAAAAAUAAUUUACCACUUCUAGAUGAUGAUCCACGUGUUUCAGUUUUGCCCAACAAUUCACUGUCACUGAGAAACCUUCGACUGUCAGAUCGUGCAUCCUAUAAAUGUCGAGGUAAAACUCGAUUUGGUAAGAUGUUCGACGAAGUAGAGUUGAUAGUACAAGACGGUCUAAAAGGUGUCGUUGGAUUUAUUGAGGGACAACUGAAUAACCAAAAUGUAAAUAAUCAGGCACUUAUCAUGAAUAUUACACCAAACAUCGAAAAUAAUGCUGUGAUUAUCAAAGUGGAUAACCUCUUCGACAAUAAUGACCCGGCGGCUCAAGCAAUUAUUGGGUAUGCUUCUGCACUGUGCCCAUUGAUAGCUUACAACCGAGAGGACCAAAAAACUUCUGAAAUUAGUCCUAAAUUUGAGCGUUAUACCGACUAUAAAUUUGACACUGGUGAAAAGUUAAGAGUAAAGCAACGAGGAAAUGGUAUAAAUGGGGCAUUUUUAAAAAUGGAUGUCCUAGUUAACGGGGACACCCCUCAUUCUGAAUAUCUGGAUGGUGUAACUAUAGAUGACUUAGAAGAGGAUAUGAUAGAAAAUGAGCCUGGUCGAAUUAAGGGACAAGGAAAGUCAAUGUUACACAUCAAUCGAAAAAUUCAUAUACCAUUCCAGUAA